ACACUCCAGACCCGGCCCUUCUACUCACUUUGAGAAGCCCUGAAUCCAGACUUCGGUUUUGAAAGCUCUCUCAGCCGCUCCUCCCAUUCGCAUCCUCUGCGGCUCAACGCAGUCUCCGUCCCUCCAACCAACGACAUGGCAAAGAAGCCCAAAAACCCGGCCACCACCAACGCAAACACCAACGGCGUUCCCACCUCUGGUAACAUUUUCGAGACCCUAUUCGGAUCAGUCGGAGAACACCAUACCCCUCCCUCUCUCUUCUCCGACACCAACCCUUUCCGUAGGAAACCCACCGUCCCUUCCCAGCCGCCCAAUCAACAGAACCAGCAAGUAGGGUCGGUGUUGGGGUCGGCUGGGAACCCUUCGAAUGGUGUGGAUGAAAACCCUUCUUUUGUUGAAGUGAAGGAGAAGAAGGGAAAGAACAAAGAAAAGAAAAAACCCGGUUUGGAUGUGGGUUUGAUCGGUGAGAGUUACGAAACCCAUUUGGAGAUUAAUAAAUUGAAUGUAGGGUUUGGUUCAGAUGAAGGCUUUGGGAAGGAUAGGAAUGGUGAGGAUGGGAACCCUAGUUUUGUUGAGUUGAAGAAGAAGAAAAGGAAGAGCAAAGAGAAGAAAGAACCCGGGUUGGAUUCGGGGUCGCUGGAUGAAACCCCAGAGAACCAUUUGGAAACUAAGAAAUCCAAGACGAGUGAAGUAAAAAGCCGUAAUUUUGGUGUCGAAUCGGAGGAGGGAGGUGGAGGAAAAGAUUUGGGCAUGGAAGUGGAGGCGGUACAAGAGCAGGGGGAAGGGAAGAACCAGAAUGUCGGUGUGGGUUUGGAGGUGAAGGGGAUGGAUAAGAAGAAAAAGAAGAAGAGGAAGAGGGAUGAGGUUGAGGCAGAGUAUGAGGCACGGCGAUACAGGGUCAAUGAUGGAGGUGGAGAAGGAGAAUUGGGAGGGAAAGUGGUUGGGGAGAAGAGGAAAAAGGCUGAUGAUACAAUGGAUGCUGUGGUUUCGAAGGAAGGUUUCGAUGACGAGGCUAAGCUUAUAAGGACUGUGUUUGUUGGGAAUUUGCCUCUGAAGGUUAAGAAGAAGGCGUUGUUUAGGGAAUUUAGCCAGUUUGGAGAGGUUGAUUCUGUGAGGAUUCGGUCUGUUCCUCUAUUGGAUACUAAAACACCGAGGAAGGGUGCUAUUAUCCAGAAGAAAAUAAAUGAUGCUGUUGAUAGUGUUCAUGCAUACAUCAUUUUCAAAACGGAGCAAGCUGCCGAGGCUUCUUUGGCCCAUAAUAUGUGUGUGGUUGGAGGAAAUCACAUCCGUGUUGACAGAGCAUGCCCACCGCGGAAGAAAAUAAAGGGAGAGAAUGCUCCACUUUAUGAUAACAAGAGGACAGUUUUUGUGGGUAACCUCCCAUUUGAUGUGAAGGAUGAAGAAAUUUAUCAGUUCUUUUCUGGUAUUAAGGAGCUGGAAUCCAGCAUUGAGGCCAUUCGGGUUGUCCGAGAUCCUGGUACCAGUAUGGGGAAGGGAAUUGCUUAUAUUUUGUUUAAAACGAGGGGUGCCGCAAACUUGGUCGUCAAAAAACGCAGCUUGAAGCUCCGAGAUCGCGAACUAAGGCUCUCUCACGCCAGAUCAGACGUCACACCAUCUAAGAGAAAAAACCAAUCACCCGGGGGUGCUAAUAAUUUUCCAACGAAGAAGUUAGCAGGAGAUUCCAGGACUCCAUACAGUCACAAUAAUGUAAAUACUAAGGCUUCUACGUCUUACCAGGGUCUAAGGGGUACUAAAUCAGGUGUCCAGAAGAAAGUCCCUACGAAGAAAAUCGUGGAGGCGGUGAAGUUCAAAUCCAGGACUCAUAAAAGAGAGAAGCGAGAAGAGGGGAAGGGGAAGAGACCGUCGGUUGCUGCCAGAAAGGCCAAGGCACUGAAGGUUGGAGGUGGUUCUUCAAAGCAAACUGGGAAAAAACGGAAGAUGGAAAGCCGGACUCCACAGAGCGCCCGUUUUAAUAAGAAAACCAAGAUAUCCAAAUAGGGUUUACGCGUGAUAAAUGUUUUAGAAAAGGACUUGGCUCAGAUAGGCUUUUUAAAUUAAUGCUGGGAGGAUUAGGUGUUAUUGGCAGCUGUUGUAUUCUUCCGUUGCAAGGAAAAAAGUUGAUGAAAUUUUAUCAACAAAGUUCUGUAUGUUUGGAAGUAUUCAUGAUCUAGGUUGCCUUUCAGUUGCUGAAAUCGAUUACUUUGCUUGGGAUAAUGAAGUUAUUACAUCCUUGGCAUAAA